UCUGCCGACGCGCAACAGCAGAGACCGGAGAAUCAUCGAGUAAGCUCUCGUACGACACAACUUUCAUAGAACUGACCACUAGGUCCGAAGAACAUUCUCGCCUGCUACUAUUGAAGCUGUCAUAAAGUCGAAUCUGCGACGGGAGAAAUGUCCGACCUGAACCCCGCAGAAGUGCGGAAGCAACUCCAACAACUGGAACAAGACAACGGCGGCUUAAAGACGCAACUGAAUAUAAUACGAAUCAGCGAACCGAUCUUUUCUCCGGCUGCUGAGAAUCAGAACGCAACCCCUUCGAAGCGCCACUCGGACGUUUCUUCCGUCGACAACCCGACCCCUGCUUCAUUGGAGGCAGAUUUGAGCCAUUACAAAGAAUUAUUCUCAAAGCUACGGUUCUCUUACGUGGAGCAGGUCACAAAGGAGAAAUUCCUUCGCGCAAUCGUGGGCGAUCCUCCUCUGGUGGUUGGUCACAAUGAAAACGUUGAACUGGAGACGCAAUUAGCCGAAGUGAAAGCAGAACUUCGCGCACGGAAAGAGGAGGUCCGGGCUAUGACCGAAGCAAUGGAGAAGACGGGCAGGGACUUGGCACACCGAUACAAAAACGUGCAACUACAGUUGACUCAGCUUUCAAUGCUGCCAGAAUCCAUCGAAAAUCUCGAGUCAACCAUCGAAGAAUUACGCGCCAAACAAUUAACUAAUGCCGAUGCAUCAUCGUCACAAAACUUACCCCUACCGGCCACGCUGAGCGUUUUAUCCGAACGAGAAGCCGAGCUUGCGGCGCUUGAUCGACAACUUGCAGCCGUCCAGAAUGUCUUGCCCCGCAAGGCUAGAGAAGCCGAGGCGGUGGAGCGCGAAUUAAGUGUUCUAGAACGGCGGAAGACAGACGCCAUAGCACAGGCACAGGAAAUCCAGAGGAAGAAGGAAGAGGGAGAGAGCGAUGGGCUUGAGGAAAUGGGAAGAUGGUACAGAAGCGCAGAAGAGACGCUGGAGAAAUUGGUUGGGGUGGAAGGAUAAGAUGUGUUUGAGAUGAGUGAUGCCUACGGAUUGGCGGACACGGCAUUCGUCCAUACACUUUUAUACAUGAUUAAGAAUGCUAAGUCCACGACCACUCGCAAUUACAUAGGAAAGAUAGUCGGG